AUGGCCAUCAGCUUGCUCAAAAACAACAUCCGCAACUUCGUUAUACUGGAGAAAAGCGCUGGACUGGGCGGAACGUGGAAGGACAACAAGUAUCCUGGAUGCUGCUGUGACGGUAUGGCUGUCUGCCUCUUGCCGGGUCGUUCUCUGCUGACUGUUUCUAGUCUUCUCGCAUCUCUACAGUUUCUCGUUUGCGCAGAACCCCGACUGGACCAGGUUAUAUCCCUCGCAGGAAGAGAUAUUGAGGAGUGCCGUUGGAACGAAGACGAGAAGAAGUGGAAGACCACAGUACACGUUGAAGGCGCUAAGGACUCUGAAUUCGGGGAACGAUAUACCAUCUCGUCAGAUUUCCUCCUCUCCGCCGUUGGUCAGCUAAACUACCCGCAUUAUCCUUCUAUCCCUGGCAUCGAUGACUUCAAGGGCAAGCUCAUGCACUCGGCCCGAUGGGACUGGAGCUACAACAUCAAGGGCAAGAAGGUGGGCAUCAUUGGAAAUGGUGAGUCUUCUUCUUCCAUUAUUCUGGUAGUUACCCCCUGGCAUUGGCUUAGCUUACGGUGUAUUAUUAUUAUAGGCGCUACGGCUGCCCAAAUCAUACCGGAAAUUGCGCCAGAAGUAUCACACCUCACGGUCUUCCAGCGCACCCCGAACUGGGUUGCACCUCGCCACGAUAUGUCCAUGACUCUGCCCAUAAGAUUCAUGUUUAGAUACGUACCUGGUGUCCUAUCCAAGUUCCGUGCUCUUAUAAUGGAUGUUCGUGAAAGCCUGUUUGCUUCCAUCCUCAAGCCUGAAUCUCAGGUAUCUGGCUACCUGAAGAAAAUCAGCGUGGCCAUGAUGAAGCGACAGCUAGCGAACAAGCCGGAGCUUUGGGAGAAACUGACUCCAAACUACCCCCCGGGCUGCAAACGUAUCAUCACCAGCGAUGACUACUUCCCUGCUCUAGCCCGGGAUAACGUCAGCCUUGAAACCGGCCAUAUUGAUCGGAUAUCUGAAUCCGGGAUCGUGGCCGAUGGCGUUGAACAAGAGUUCGAUCUGAUAAUACUGGCCACUGGUUUCCGUACAGUUGAAUUCAUGCACCCUAUAAAGGUGUACGGUGAGAACGGCCGAUCGCUCUCUGAUAUUUGGAAAAACGGUGCUCGCGGCUUGUACGGCAUUACCAUCGAGUCCCUACCAAACUUCGCCAUGCUGUACGGGCCCAACACCAAUCUCGGCCACAGCUCCAUCAUUCUCAUGGUCGAGGCACAGACACGUUACAUCUUGAGUAUGUUGACCACCGUUCUUCGGUCCAAGCAACGUGGCCGUACUCUCACCAUCACACCCAAGGUCGAUCGUAUUGAUGAAUUCAACGAAUCUCUGCAAAAGGACCUGGCUAAAUCAUCCUUUGCUCAUCCAAACUGUACCAGUUGGUAUAAGAACGAAGAAGGCUUGAUUACUAACAACUGGUCCGGCAACGUAUUGGACUAUCAGAAGCUCUUGUCGAGAAUCGACUGGACCGACUUCGAUAUGAAGGGAGACGACUCUGUCAAAGGCAGGACCUACACCCGCCUUGGUCGUGUCCGAGAGGAGUCGCUCAUUGGACUCAAGACUCUAUCUACCGCCGCUAUUGCAGCCGCAGUUAUCUAUGGCGUGUCUCGUCGGUCACCCGAUUUUUUCCCCGGGUUACUUAGAUAUCUUCACCUUUCUUGA